AUGACUUUAAACGAUACAAAUUAUUUUGAUCCAGCAGAACGUAUUGGAAAAUUUAUUGAUAAUGGGUUAUUAGAACUAACUCAUAUACUUGGAGUAGGUGCAUACGGUGUAGUAUACGGUGCCAGACAUGUCAAAAAUAGACGCCUUUAUGCAGUCAAAUGUAUUCCAAAACAACAACCUCAACAAGAUCAUAUUAACCAUAAUCAUAUUUUGAAACAACAAAAACUUCAAACAGCAGAAAUUAAUUUUCAUUCACAAGUUUCGGGUCACCCAAAUAUAAUUAGACUAGAGAAAGUGGUAGAAACUCAUGACAGUGUAAACAUGAUAAUGGAAUUUUGUCAGGAUGGCGAUUUGUUUUCCAUGAUCACAGAGAAAGGUGGCUAUAUUAACAAUGAUAGGCUUAUUAAAAAAGUUUUUGUCCAAAUUCUUGACGCUGUGAAAUUUAGUCAUCUUCAUGGAAUUUAUCAUCGUGAUUUGAAACCAGAAAAUAUUUUGGUCUUUGAUAAUGGAAAAACCGUCAAGCUUGCUGAUUUUGGCUUGGCUACAAAUGAUUCAUGGUCAAAGGAUUUCGGUUGUGGUUCUACAUUUUAUAUGAGUCCAGAAUGUCAAGGUGGAUUGUACAAACGUGUAAGGGGUUACAAAACUGCUCCAAAUGAUGUUUGGUCUCUGGGUGUAAUUUUAAUCAAUCUUACUUGUGGUCGUAAUCCUUGGAAACAAGCUUGUUUACGUGAUGAAACUUUCUCGGUGUUCUUGAGAGAUCCAGAUUUCCUAAAAACAAUUUUACCAUUGACAAACGAGCUUAACGGAAUCUUGAAAGAAAUUUUUUCAUUGGAUCCUGACAGACGUAUUUCUUUGGAUGAUUUACGUGAUCGUGUACUUGCUUGUCGUAAAUUCACCACUUCAGAAUAUGAUGUGUUCUAUGAUAAGAAUUUACGUAAAUGUGAGAUUGAGAAUCAAAAUAAUCAUAGAGAUGAUUCUUCUUCCUCUUCUAUUGCUUCAAAUUCGUCGUCACUUACGGCCUGUUCUUCGUACUAUUCCUUAUCAGAAAUGGACUUUAACAUUGAGUUUGACUUUUUAGAGUUUUUAAAUUAUUUAAUCCAUCAUAAUUUAAAAAUUUAA